UGCUGCUGGGAAUAUAGAAUUUUGGGGGAAAUUCUGGAAAAUAGUUUUGCAGUUCCUGAAAAGGUUAAACAUAGAGUUGCCAUAUGACCUAGCAAUUCCACUCCUAGGCAGUGGAAAAUUCCAUGGUAUGUAUAUACCACAUUUUGUUUAUUCAUCUGUUGAUAGACACGUGGGUUUUUUCUACCUCUUGACUGUUGUGAAUAUUGCUGCUAUGAACAUGGGUGUGCAAAUAUUUCUUCAAGGUCUUGCCUUCAGUUCUUUUGGAUAUAUGCCCAGGAAUUUUCAAAGAAAAUUUCGGGGAGACUGUCAUUUUGCUGAUUGCAUAAAAUGAUGUUAGUGUACUUCCUAUUGUAUCCUGCUUUGUUUAACUGGGUAUCGGGAGUGUUUCAUGAUUUAGCAGUAAUCUUUUUUUCCUGUCAAUACAGGGUCUCACUUUGUCACCCAGGCUAGAGUGCAGUGGUGUGAACAUGGCUUACUGCAGCCUCAAUCUCCCAGGCUUAGCUGAUCCUCCCACAUCAGCCCCCUAAGUAGCUGGGACUACAGGUGCACGCCACCAUGCCCAGCUAAUUUUUUGUAGAAAGUGAUCAGCCCGCUUUGGCCUCCCAGAGUGUUGGGAUUACAGGUGGAGCCAUUGUUCCUGGAAGGAGUAAUUUUUUUUGUUGUUGUUCGUAUGUUUUGGAAAUUUCCUUGAGGUUCAAGUAAUUUUGGGAGAUCAUCUGGAUCUUUCCUUUAACUGCAUUUUUUAGUUUAUUGUCAAAGCCUGUAGUUUGUACCAUAAAAAUAAUAUAAUACAAGGAAGAAAAAUGAGUUAUUUCACUGAGUGGUUUGGGUAUGUUUGGGUUUAAAAUAAUGUUUACUUGUGGCCGGGCGUGGUGGCUCACGCCUGUAAUUCCAGCACUCUGGGAGGCCGAGGUGGGUGGAUCACUGGAUCACUUGAGGCCAGGAGUUCAAGACCAGCCUGGCCAAUGUGGUGAAACCCCAUCUCUACUAAAAAUAAAAAAAUUAGCUGGGUAUGCUGGCAGGUGCCUGUAAUCCCAGCUACUCAGGAGGCUGAGGUGGGAGGAUCACUUGAACCUGUGAGGUGGAGGCUGCAGUGAGUCGAGAUUGUGCCACUGCACUCCAGCCUGGGUGACAGAAUGAGACUCUGCCUCAAGAAAAAGAAAAAAAAUAAUGUUUACUUGGGAUUGAAGCCUAGUUAUAAUAAGCAAAACAAAAAAAAAUGUUUAUUUAAGUGGAAAAGAAACUUGUGAUUCAUCAUUGGUUUUAAUUUAGUGGAAAAAAUCAAGAUUGCAGUGGUUUUCUUAUUGUCUAACCCAAGUUUAUAUGAAAAGCAAGUGAAAGUCUAGUGGAACAGGAGUCGUUUAGCUUAUUUCCUUACUUUUGUAUUACAUGGUAUUAUAAAUAAUUCCUGUGGUUGAAUUAAUGGAUAUAUCUUUAGAGUGGAAUAUUAUGACAGUGUUACAAUGGAUGAUUAUUGAUUUGUAAAGAUGGUCUGUGAUGUAGAGAUGUAAGGGAUGUAGGUGUGUAUGUGUAGAUAGAGAAAAUAGUCUGGAAAGAUCUGUAAACAAAGGUGUUGGAUCUGUGGGGUAGCAUUAUAAGACCAUUAAUUUUUUCAGUUUUUUUCAUGACAGAGUCUUUUAGAUAAUCAUCUGUAUACCAAGUAAUAACAUGUUACAAGUUAUUUAAUUCUGUCAUCUAGUAAUUUUGAUUAAGAGAAACUACAAGUAGCUCAGACAAUUACACUAGUAUUCAUUGUUUGAACCAUUAGCAGGAAUAGACUACUUUAAGGCUGGCUGUUGCUUCACGUGGGUUACAAAUAACUAUUUGCUACUUUUUCAUAGAUAAAGCCCCUGACCUUCAUGGAAGCAUUAGGGAAAAAGAAAACUUAAUUUCUUUCUUUCUUCAAAGAACUUUUUUCCUUUCACUAGAUAUAAGAAAGAAAAAGUCAACAAUAAUACAUGUGUUGCUUGAGCCAAAAGGCAUAGGAGAACAGACAACACAUACCCAUUACAUUUCUAGGAAAUACGAGAGAGGACAUGUACUCCCAGGAUUCCAUAGAUCUCCUUGCUAACUCAGGACUACAGUUUCAGAAGCAUGAAGAGGAAGGGAUUGACACACUGCACUUUGCAGAGCUGCUUAUGACAUCAGGAGUGGUUCUAUGUGACAAUGUCAAAUGGCUUUCAUUUCAUAGUGGCUAUGAUUUUGGCUAUAUGGUAAAGUUGCUUACAGAUUCUCGUUUGCCAGAAGAGGAACAUGAAUUCUUUCAUAUUCUGAACCUUUUCUUCCCAUCCAUUUAUGAUGUGAAAUACCUGAUGAAGAGCUGCAAAAAUCUUAAGGGAGGUCUUCAGGAAGUUGCUGAUCAGUUGGAUUUGCAGAGGAUUGGAAGGCAGCACCAGGCAGGCUCAGACUCACUGCUGACAGGAAUGGCUUUCUUUAGGAUGAAAGAGUUGUUUUUUGAGGACAGCAUUGAUGAUGCCAAGUACUGUGGGCGGCUCUAUGGCUUAGGCACAGGAGUGGCCCAGAAGCAGAAUGAGGAUGUGGACUCUGCCCAGGAGAAGAUGAGCAUCCUGGCGAUUAUCAACAACAUGCAGCAGUGAUGGCACCAGGCUCUGCAGGGUGGGCCUGAUCCCAGAGUGGUGCUUACUGUGCUGACUGUGUACUUAUCUUCCCCAAGAGAAAAUGCUUCUUUUGAGCACACUGUACCUACCAUCUGCAUUGAGCAGAAAGACUUUUGUUUUACUGAAGACAAAAGAUGUCUUUAUUUUAGACCCAGAAGAGAGGAGUUUGCUCUGAAUUUGUAAAUAAGUCUUCCCCAUUCCUCAUACUCGAGCCUCUCCUCUCUGGUUGCCUCCUGCCACCAGCAUCCAUGGCUCAUUUGACACCUUUUUAAAUAUCCAGGACAAGUCUGAAACAAACUAGUAAAAUGUAUAUAACUCUUACCUGUUGUCAUUCUUUUUCUUUUAAAUUUGUUGCUAAUCUCUGAUAAUGAAGAUUCUUACUCUGAUUCUCAGCUGAGCUGUGAGGGCUUCCAGGGAAAAUGGAACAAAAUGGUGUUCUUAGGUAAUGGGUUGUAGAUACUGAGUCUUCCUUUCCUUUUCUGACCCUUCUCGAGGACAUUUGCUUUCCUCACACUUUUGUAGUCUUUCUUUACAUAUUACUAUAUGGAAAUGAAUUGCUCUGUGCUGAAAUUUGAAGACCAGAUAAUGAAACUGAAAAGCAAACAAUUUUACUGAAUCUGUCUACCCUUCAUUCAUGAGAACUCCAGAAUGAGUGUUGACCACUGAAGCAUCUUUUAAGUCUGUGUUUCAUUGUGCCAUUCAGGUUUGCUGUCACAUAUGCAUCAUCUGAAAUCAUUUGAAAUUUUUGUACAAUAAAAUAUCCUGGAUUUGAUCCUGAAGGAAACUAGUAAGAUCAGAUUUUUGGGUCAUGUCUGUUGUAUUUUCAGUAAUGUGAUUUCAGAUGGUCAUCUGGAUUCUCCCACUUCUCUACUCCAUUAUUUCUCUACUUUUCCUUCCAGCAAACCUGAAACGUGAGGGAGAUGGAUUAAUGUGAGUACCAGGAAUGUGUCUUUAAAAAGCUAGAGUGGUUACAUUUAAUCAGGCAGUCAGAUAAUUUGGGUUCUUGAGUUGUUUUGGAGUAAUAUCCCACAACUGGGGUAGGAAGCUCAGGACUUUUUUCUUUAAAGCUAGUCAUUUCAAAAGCAUAUUGUAUUUUUUUGAAUGACUACAGUAUGGACAAUUUCAAAAACCAAAACCCACUUUGGAUUGGUGGAAAUAAAAACUGGUAACUCACUCAAGUGAAUGAAUGGUCUUGCAUUUUAAAAGCUUAUGGGAAACUCAAUUUGAAAUGAUUAGAAAAUGUCAAGUAUUAUAAGCUGGUAUUUAAGAUGCUUGUAAAUACUAUUUAUGUUUUUAAUUUUGUAAAAUAAAGAUUUCUUUUUAACCACUGGCA